CACCUCGCCCUGAUGGCAUUCCGAAGUAAACUUGCCAUAUUCGUCCUUUUGACGAGCUUUUAUGUCUGGCGAAGCCAGUACACUCUACGGAAUUCCAUUCUUACUUCGUCCCCAUUUCCCGAUGGUUACUUCCACGGCGGCAAUUUCAGCUCUCAAUGCGAGACUCUCAACGACGAGUCUGAGAACAACGCUCUCAAGUUCUGUGAGGAUGUGACUUUCUGGGACCUCAAAGACAACGAAGCCAAUCUAGAAGAAAGAAAAGUUCUUUUCACCUGUGACUCGGGCCGAAAGCAGUGGAACACUGUGAUGGGCCCAUUACACAAGCCCGAACCCCACGGCUCUCUCUGGCUUUACUCGCCUAACGAAAAUGUCGCGACGGAAAAGCCAAGCUCUCUUUUUGGUUUCGGGAACACUGCCUCUGCAUCCAUAAAGCCUCAACGUAUCACAUUGGAAAACUAUCCGGAAGGCCACGACUUCCAUCCUUUGGGAGUCAAGGUUUGGCCGUCAUAUGCUGGCAAUUCCUCUAAUCUCUUCAUCGUGAAUCAUGCCCGUCAACGAACUUUCAUUGAACAGUUCGUCAUCUCGCCAUCCUCUCCAACCGUCGCAACCCAUGUUCGCACACUUUCGUCCCCUUACUUCGUUUCUCCCAAUGCUCUCGCUCUGACCUCUCCGAAUUCCUUUUAUGUAUCAAAUGACCAUCUUAUCACCCGCCGAUGGCCCCUUAUCGGCCACUUCGUACCUAUCAUGGAGACCAUCCUUGGAUUACCUCUUGGCUGGGUGGCCCAUGUCACUCUGGAUUCUGAUGCAACAGCUCCUUUUCCGAUCCAGACCCACGCAGUCACGGCGCCCUUCAUCCCAUUUCCAAAUGGCGUAGCCAUCUCUGCGUCCGGUGCCCAAGUGGCCAUCGCAUCAACAUCUUUGAGUCAAAUCAUGAUGUAUUCGAGAAACACCUCUACCAAUGAACUAGUGUUUCGAGAAAGUGUUCUCGUUCCAUUCUGCCCCGAUAACAUCGAUUUUGACGAUAAUGAUUCCCUGAUUGUCGGGGGCCAUCCUCAUUUUCUGACUUUGGUCAAAGUGGUCAAAGGCGUGGUGCCGCACGCGCCAAGCUGGGUACUGUCUAUUACACCGCGUGCCAGCGAAAGUAAUUUGACCGAGCCACCGCUCAAUUACGAUGUGAUGGCGCCAAUUCCUGCCAGCAGUAGGGUCCCCGCGACGCUGAGCUCCGAGGUCGUGACUUUACUUCAGAGCAACGGCGUCGGCUUUUCGUCUUCUACGACCGGUCUGCGAGAUUCGACAACCGGCGCCUUGUAUGUUCCUGGGUUGUAUGCCGAGGAAGGACUGCUGGUUUGCAGGCCAGCUCUUGCUUGAACCCAAACCUUAGAACAGUUUGUUGAAUCGCUGGGCAAGAAGAAUAGGGCCUUAUUAUCAUGAGUUUAUACAUCUUUAUACAACAGUGAAAACUUAAAUGUACGUAUCAGAUAUAUAAUAAACCAGAAGGAAAUGGACCCGCGGUAUUGCGGGGUGUAUAUAUCAAUGUAAACGAUACACUAUGAACCUGAG